CAGGAUGAAUGGGUCCCGCUAUUGUUUAGUUUGGGACUCGACAAUUGCGACACAACAACAAACCAUUCGCGACCUCGAGUUCGUUCGCGAACAAACACUUUUCUACAACAACAGAAAACGAGCACACUUUUACCGUCACGGAACUCAUAAAAUCAACUCGAUCGCAGAAGCAAACAUUUACAUUUACCCCGAAAAAAAACAGAACACCAACCUCAAGUCAGACAAAAAUCCGCCAAAAUGCUUCUCGAAGAAGACCCCUCCACCCUAAUCGCCCACACGACCCAAAACUUCAACAUCACGCCCGACCGGCACGCCGUCUCGCGCGUCGCCGAAUCCUUGUCCACGCUGCAACAAGCGCGCGACCUCCGCCUGCGCGAAUCCGAAACCAACCUCAAGAAACUCGCGCGCACCCUUAACACCUUACAGUCCCAACACCAAGAAGUCACUUCCUCGCACAGUUCCGCCGAGCACGCCUCGUUGAUCUCCCGUCUCGACACGCAAAAGUUCCGCGUGGCGAAAAAUGUAUCGGACCUGGAAAUGGAGACGGAACGACUACAGACGCAGUUGGCGGAGUUGCAGGCGCGGUUGCAGGAGUUGGAGUUGCAGGGGGUUGAUGGUGAUGCUGGUGCUUCCACUAGUACAACAACGGGAGAAAAUGGGAACGGCAGUGGGAAUGGGGGCCAGGUCAGGAGCGUGGAGGAUGAGGUGUUGUUGAGGUUGAAGGUGUAUAGGAGUUUGGGAAUCGAGAUUGAGAGGGAGGAACAGGAUGGGGAGUUUACGAGGGCGGUGGUGCGGAAUGAUAGGCGGGGGGAUGUGUGCGUGGUUAAUGUGGACCGGCAUCGGUUUUCGAGGUUCUUUUAUGCCAAUUAUUUUUGGCAGACGCUUUAGGAGCGGUUGCUUGGGGGGUAAUGAGAGGCGAUUUGGGGUGGAAUAUGAUGGGAAGGUUGGGCUAGGAUGAGGUUACGGACGGUUAUGAAAGGGAUAUGAUGCAUGGAUGGAUGGGAUCGGCGUCUGGAGGAGUUUGGGUGGGAAUAAUACCAUGUCAUUAUUUUGUUGUUUUGAAACAGGUCGGAUUUCGUAGCGUGA